AGUCCACGCGCCGCCAGCGAGCUGCAGCCAUGUCCUCCUUCAUCCUCGGUCUGGAUCUGGGCACCACGUCCGUAAAAGUCGUUUUAGUGGAAAGCGACUCCAAAGCCGUGGCGGCCAGUCACUCGUUACCGACUGUCUCCGAUCUGAGCGACGUCGGCGGGAUUAAGGCCAAAGAGCAGGACACCGGCCGGAUUAUAGACUGUGUGAACCGGUGCGUGAGCCACCUGCCCCGGGAGAAGCUGCAGCACGUGCACAGCAUCGGACUCACUGGACAGAUGCACGGGGUCUUGUUCUGGAAAGCAAAGAGUGGUUGCAGCUGGCCCGACGGAGACUUCUUCACAGCGGGAGACACCAGCCAGCUGAUCACCUGGCAGGACGGACGCUGCAGCAACGACUUCCUGUCGUCCCUCCCGCGGCCCGACUCCCACGUCAGCACGGCCACGGGGUUCGGCUGCGCCACCAUCUUCUGGUACAUGAAGCACAGACCCGAGUUCCUCCGGGACUUCACGGUGGCUGGUACCAUCCAGGACUACGUGGUGUCCAUGCUGUGCGGUCUGGACGGGUGUGUGAUGACGCCUCAGAACGCAGCCAGCUGGGGCUUCUUCAACACUUCAUCCAACCAGUGGAACGAAAACAUUCUGAGGAGUGCGGGCUUCCCGGUGCACUUGCUUCCUCGGUGCGUGCCGUCCGGCGGCUUGGCGGGAAAGACGCGCUCUGUGUGGCACGGCGUCCCGGCCGGCACGCCGGUGGGGGCCGCCCUCGGAGACUUCCAGUGCUCCGUCUACUCCUGCAUGAGCGCGCGCACGGACGCAGUUCUGAACAUCAGCACUUCGGCUCAGCUGACCUUCGCCAUGCCGGCUGACUUCAGGCCACCUGAUUCUCCUCAGCCCGACUCGCCCGUCUCCUACUACCCGUACUUCGACUCGUCGUUCUUGGCCGUGGCGGCGUCUCUCAACGGGGGAAACGUGGUGGCUGCUUUCGUGGCGAUGCUGACUGCGUGGAUGAAGGAGCUCGGCGCCGAGCUCAGCGACGCCGGCCUGUAUGAGAAGCUGAUUGGCUGUGCCUUGAACCAGGACGCCAGCGACCUCCGGGUGAUCCCCACCAUCCUGGGCGAGAGACACGACCCCCUCUGCCUCGGCCAGGUGACCAACAUCUCCGCCUCCAACCUGUCCCUGGGCCACGUGGUCCGCGCCCUGUGCCGCGGCGUCAUGGCGAACGUGGCCUCCAUGAUGCCGCCGGAGCGCCUGCGGCAGGCGGGGGUCACCCGGAUCGUGGGCAGCGGGAGCGCGCUCUCUCGCAACGAGGUGCUGAGGCAGGAGGUGGAGAGGGCGUUCCCCCUGCCCAUCGUGUACGGACAGAACGCCGACUCGGCCGUCGGCGUGGCCAUGGUCCUCUGCGACCGCGGGGUUUGAAUGAAGCCGUGAUCCGCGGCCGAAUCUCCCGUCGUUUACAUGCUCGAGUGACGAUUUAACCUCACUUCUGAUGACGUUCAUCGGGCAAACUGCAAUGCAGUGUUUUAAUUUGCUUAAUUAAGCAAAGAGAAAUGUGAUUGUUGCCACCAAUCAGCGGUAACCCUGGAAACUCAAGGGUUUCUGUGACUGUCCCUGAAGGAUGCAGUUACACUGCAGAGUUUUCAAAUGAACACACCCAGAGCAGCCAUAUUGGCUGGUAGGUGUUGACCAUUCAGUGUUUUAUGCUCACGCUUUGUUGACUCAAUCACUGCCUUUUUAUUUUUUGCUUUGACUCGAGCGUCCUUCGCUUUGUUGAUGAAUAUUUGAAGAUGAAUAUUCAUUUUGAUUCAAUGCAGAAUAAUUUAAACUUGAUUAUGUUGGACUAUUGCAUGGUGGCAAUAUGAAAGUUUUAAAAUAACUGCAGUGCAAAUCAUUUUUCUUUACACUUUACAGGGUUGUCCCACAGGUUGUAGUUUGUGUUUUCCCUGCAGGCUGCAUGGUGGACACCACUGAAGUAGGCAGCUGCAUGACAAAGGGCCUCGUGGUGCACAAAGUGCAGAUUUCAUGAGCUUCACUCUGACUCUGCAGUCGUUUUCCCAUCUGUUGCCCACACAUUUCAAAUAAUGAAUGUACUGAAACCAAGUGUUCCAUGAGGAUUCGAUAGACUUCACCUGACAUUGGC